AUGCUGGUGGCCGAGAGUCCCUAUGGGCAGUUCCAGCCCAGCUGCUUCUACCGUGUGAAGAUGGGCUUUGUCAUGGGUUGUGCUGUGGGCAUGGAAGCCAGGACGCUGUUCGGCACCUUCUCCUGUCUCAGUAUGGGGAUGCAGGGUCGGGAACUGAUGGGUAGUGUUGGGAAAACCAGGAUGCAGACUGGUGGCACCUUUGGCGCAUUCAUGGCCAUCAGAGUGGACAUACAAUGCUAA